AUGGCGCCCAAGGCCAACAUCCCCGUCAUCGACAUCGCCUCUACAGGCAUCGACAGAGCCGCCAUUGCGCGCCAGCUCGUUGACGCCGCUGUCGAGCAUGGCUUCAUCUAUAUCCGCAGCUCCGGAAAGUAUGUAACACUGGGCGAUAUUGAUACGGCCUUUGAUCUGUCCAAGAAACUUUUCAAAGCUCCUGUGGAGGAGAAAGCCGCCUGUUCCAUUCAGAAGAACAACCGCGGCUGGUCAGGCAUGCACUCUGAGACGCUAGAUCCCAAGAAUCAAAAGGUCGGCGAUUACAAGGAGGCCUUCAACUUUGGCGAGUUUAAGGACGGCAAGGCCCAGCAACCGUUGCCUCCGACCAUCCAGCCCGAUGAGCCCUUCAUAAACUCCUUUGGAGAUCAGUGCCACGCUCUCUGCCUUGAGCUCCUAGAGCUCCUCGGCAUCGGGCUCGACGUCGAUCCCCCGAGCUUCUUCUCCUCAGCUCACCUCCGCUCCAAAGGCGACUCGGGCACGAUCCUGCGCAUGCUCUACUACCCACCCACGUCCUCCACCACCGCCUCCGAAGACGACGUCCGCGCCGGCGCCCACUCCGAUUACGGCUCCCUGACUCUGCUCUUCCGCCUCCGCGGCCAAGCCGGCCUCGAGAUCCUCACUCGCGACAACGUCUGGGCACCCGUACCCGUGACCCCGCCCGGCACGGAAUCCGACCCUUCCCCGCCCAUCCUCGUCAACAUCGGCGACCUGCUGAGCUACUGGACGAACGGGCUAUUCCGGAGCACCGUCCACCGCGUCGUGUUCGGCGGCGAAGGCGUAGACGGCGAGACGGACACGGGUCCCCGGUACAGUAUGGCCUUCUUCUGCCACCCUGUCGGGUCCGUGGCGCUUGACCCCGUGCCGAGCGAGAGGGUCGAGGGAUUCGUCGCGCCCGAGGGGACGCCGAACGCGAACCCGUACGCGGAGAGAAAAGUUCUCACCGCCGACGAGCACUUAUUCAUGAGGUUGAGGGAGAGCUACAAGGGGCUGUACAACAAGGAGGAGGCCACGGUGUCGUCAUGA